AUGGAAGCAGCAGCAGCAGCAGGGUUGUCGUCGUCGUCGUCGUCUUUGGUGUUCCGCGGGUGCCCGCUGCCUCCCGGGUUCCGCUUCCAGCCCACGGACCAGGAGAUCAUCGUCUACUACCUCAAGAAGAAGAUCGCCGCCGCAGCCGCCGCCGUCACCUCCAUCAUCGCCGACGUCGACAUCUACAAGUUCGACCCAUGGGAGCUCCCGGACAAGGCCGUGUUCGGCGACGGCGAGUGGUUCUUCUUCAGCCCUCGCGACCGCAAGUACCCCAACGGCGCCCGCCCCAACCGCACCGCCGGCUCCGGCUACUGGAAGGCCACCGGCACCGACAAGCCCAUCCUGGCGCCCGGCGGCGCCCACUGCCUCGGCGUCAAGAAGGCGCUCGUCUUCUACCAGGGCCGCUCCCCCAAGGGCACCAAGACCGACUGGGUCAUGCACGAGUACCGCCUGCUCGACACCGACGCCGCCCUCCUCCUCACCGCCAGGACCAGGCCGACCAACUCCAUGAGGCUCGACGACUGGGUCCUCUGCCGCGUCCGCAACAAGCAGCAGGGCGUCGACGACCCGUCCUGCUGCUACACGCGGCCGGCCGACGAGCCAACGACGACGACCCGCGACGCCGCCGCCGCACUAGACCAGGACGACGACCCCUCCGCCGCCUCUGCAGCAGUGGCCGCCGGGGACAGCAGCGCGCCGCCGCCCCACGCCGCCCUGGUCACCGUCCUCGAGUCCAUCAAAAGGAACCUCUCGUUCCAGGCCAUCGACGAGCUCUACCUCCUGCAGCCCAGCAGCAAGCGCGCCAACUGCAUGGUUAGAGCCGCCGACGAGGAGCAGACGACGUCAUCCUUCUCUAUAUCGGCGGAGGCCGACGACGAGGUCUUCUUCUAG